CGCCGAGCUGCAUGCAUGCAGGCUGCAGGAUGUCGUUCCAACUGAGAAGGGGACCAAGGGACCUGGGAAGCUUCUUCAACAGUGUAUACCUCCAUACGUGCUGCCCGAUUUGCUUCGGGAAGGGUCAUGGCGGUGGCUGUUGUCCAAGUGCAUGCAGUGGACCAUGAGAUCCAAGGUGCCUCAACAAUUAUCAGACAAGUACCAGGCCACGUUGAGGUAGCUAGAAGGAACGUGGCAGCCGUGGGAGGAGACAUGCUUGAGCCGACGCCGACCUCACCAGCCACAGUACUUCCCACCCCUGGUGAAGUUCUGGAAAUUAUCCUGGGAGCGGGAGCUUCAGCUUGUCAGAUUCAGGAAGCUAUCCCAGACAUCCCCGCUUUGAGACCCCGGCCUCAUGUCAUAGCGUCCGCUGGGGGUAGCCAGAUCCACAGCGGCAGCAACCUCAUUCAACCUCAGACCAAGACACCGUCGAUCGGCAACGAGAAGUACGGAGAUAGACCCACGAUAAACGAGAACAUCGGAGACAUGACUAUCCUGAUAGUCGAACGAGGGGGAGAUCCACGUCGCGCAAAUAAUUCCCUCGCAGACUAGGGUGCUAAGUCAAGCCGGCAGAUUGGUAGAGUGCAGCCCAUCCACUUCGGAGCUCGGUAAGCCGCUGGCAUGUCAGGCGGAGCAGGCAUGGGAGCUGGCGCUGGGCAGCUACUGUAGCUGCCUCUCCUUGUUUUGUCUAGCCUUGCCCUUCUCAGUUCCAAGGAUCGUUCUGCGAUGGCGGGCCCGUGGAGAAAACGAGGGAAUUAUCUCAGAAUUGGGACAUCGAGCCACAUCCUGCAUCCGGGCAAUUGUCCCCAUGACAGCCCAUGUCAGUGUAUACUAGACCUGCACGUCACAUGCGAACCAAGGCCAACAGCGGGUCCUUUCUGCGGCUGCACAAGCAUGGCAUGUUGAGUUUACACGUAGGCUCUGCCGAUCUGGGUCCGCGAGGGAGUGGCUGGCCGGGCCGGGCUGGGGCUGUAGGCCCUGCUGUUUUCCUCGGCGAGAUGGGAUCGCAGCGAAGGACCUGAGGGCAAGAGAUGAGGCGCAACCUUCCAGAGAUUUUGUUUUUUUGUGUUGACACAAAAUCGGACAGAUCUCAUGUGCUGUGCUGUGCUGCGCGCGCUCGGGCUUGCGUAAGGCAAAAAGCACUUGCGACUUGUUGACUUGACUUUCGUGGCCGGCCGGCCCGGAGACGUCACGGUAGCAACGGUGGCAAUGGCCGCAUGCUAGCAGACACAUUAAGCAUUGGAUGCUCCUAGCUAGGUGCUGGCAUCUGCUACAAGCCUCCCGCUUGCUAUUUCCUCUUCAAGUCGCCGCUUUCAUGGCCGCUCUGGCCUUAGGCUUUGGUACUCCUAUGAUGACAACCCGUUGAGCACGCAGAAAGGGAAUGCGUGUGGCCGCUAGGAGAUGGAAACCGGGUGCAAGGGAAGCUCGGUGUGGUGCAACUUCGCCACACGCGCGAAAGCGUCCAUAAGCGACGUAUUCAGAACCUGGCUUUCUCGUGUUGCCAGUCUGUUGUGCUUGUCGGAUUCUUGCCAUAUGCUGUGUCGUGGCGUCCAUUGUUUGUCGGUUUUUGUCGUGCCUCGUUGCAGCGGCGGCGGCAGGGCGCGCACGCACAUAUCGGGACCGAUUCGUGGACCCAUGAGUGCCGGGAUUGUGAUAAUCCCAUUGCCUCCCUGCCUCCCUGGGCUGGGCCGAGCUGGACUGGGCUAGCGAUCAGAGGGGACCCUCGGAGCAGAGGCAUGCGACGGUGACAGCCAUUGGGGAAAGGGGCUUGUGCAGUAUGCGCCCUUGAGAGCACGGGCUGUUGGACGCCGGGAGUUGCAUCGUGGCGAGCGUCUUGUUGCUGCUUUCAUAUGUGUCAGGCUGAAAUAUUAAGUGGGUUCGUGAGAAAGGGCGCAGUCGGGGGUCCGCGGUACAUCUAUGCGCGAGGGCACGGAAGCUGUCAACAAUGUCAUUGAACGGCAUGGCACAUAUGCUCGCCGCUGUUUGAGAGUUGCCAUGUGCACGGUGGAUAGUUAGGGCCGCAGCUGGCCCGUCCGGCGACCUUGUCUCUUGUUUAUCUUGCCCAUAUUGGGGGGGGGGCCGUUGGUGGGUUACGUGAAUUCUAUGUUUGUGGCGACGUGGCAGGGUGUGUCUCUGAUGAGGGUAGUGAGUGGCUAUGCAAUUCUGAUUCGUCCCGUCUUUUCUCUUGUCAUCCCAUGUCAUCACUGUAUCUUGGUGAUACUCGCUGCUGU